AUGAAAAUAAUUAAGGAGAUACUUUUUAUUUGUACAAUAUCUUUAGUUCUAACAGUAAAUUCAGUUAACUCCAUAAAUUGCUAUCAGUGUUCAGGCACUGAUUCUGAAAAUCCUUUUGAAUGUAACGAAUUUUUAGACAGCGAUACAGAUAUAUUGCCAACUGACUGUGCUACAAUUCAUGAUGCUCAAUAUUGUAUUAAACAUGUCGGUAGAUACGAAGGUGGAAUAAGCACUAAAAGGUUUUGUUCAUCUCUAGAUUUAGGAAAUUACUGCAACUAUGUGGCACAACCAGGAGACAAAUUAGAAUACAGAACAUGUAUUUACACAUGCAACAGUGAUGGAUGCAACAUUGCAUCAAAUUUUAGUGUAUGUCAUCAUUAUAGAAUAAUA